CUGUGAUGGUGUGUCACUGUCCUUAAGGCUCAGAGAUGGACAGCAGCAGCGAGCCACUGGUUGGAGGUGAAGAUGAGGCAGCCUGUACGUCUGCCUCUGAUGGUCUGGAGGAGGGUGAGGUGGAAGGAGAGACACUACUGAUUGUGGAGUCUGAGGAUCAAGGAUCUGUGGAUCUGUCACAUGACCAGAGUGGAGAUUCACUUACCAGUGAUGUUGGUGAUGAAGCUGAUGGUGGCUGGGCCUGCGAAGAUAUGGCCUUCUACUGUGAACGCUGCCAUAAGUGGACACCUGCUGCUCAGCUACGCGGUGAACAGCCCAGUUAUCUGAAAGGAGACAACUUCUUUAAAUUCAUCUGCACGGACUGUUCAGAGGAUGGAAAGGAAAGUUUUGAAAGGAUGAGACUCACCUGGCAACAGGUGGUGAUGUUGGCCAUGUAUAACUUGUCUCUAGAAGGGACAGGUCGUCAGGGUUACUUCAGGUGGAAGGAGGACAUCUGUGCUUUCAUUGGUCGACACUGGAAUUUCUUGCUUGGGACCAGAAAGAAGACGUCCACCUGGUGGAGCACAGUCGCAGGCUGCCUGUCUGUUGGAAGUCCGGCUUUUUUCCGAUCCGGAGCACAGGAAUUUGGAGAGCCUGGUUGGUGGAAACUGGUCCAGAACAGGCCUCCGACUCUUAGACCCGAGGUGGACAAAUCUGCAGCCAAAACAAAACCCACCAAACCUGUUCUGGAUCCGAUCAUCACUGUGGAGGGACUGAGAAAACGUGGUGCCCGAAACCCAGUGGAGAGUGCAAUGCAGCUAAAAGAGAAGCGUUCCCGCACUCAGGAGGCCAAGGACAUACGGAGGGCUCAGAAGGAGGCGGUGGGAGGCUAUGCAGACCGAAGCUCUUCCUCCACACCUGUCAAAAUGGGCGGAGCACGUAGCAGUAGUGCAGGACGCAGGCCAGAGCUGGUCCUGGAGAAGGGCGAGGUCAUAGACUUUUCUUCCCUAAGUUCGUCAGACAGGACACCACUGACCAGCCCCUCACCAUCACCUUCACCGGACUUCUCUGCCCCGGGGACACCGGCCUCUCACUCAGCUACACCAAGCCUGCUGUCGGAGGCGGACCUCAUCCCAGACGCCAUGCCCCCACAGGCUCUGUUCCAUGAUGAUGAGGAGUUAGAAACAGAGGGAAUGAUCGACCCGGGGAUGGAGUACAUCCCACCGCCCAGCACGAGCCUUGUUGCCAGAAAAAAGCUCCGCCCACCUCCACCCCACAUCAAACGAGAAGCCGAAAGCGAAGAUGAUGAUGGUCACGAGCGAGAGGAGGACUUUGAGGAGGCAGUGGGACGAAAUGAAGGUGCGUCCAUUGCUGCAGGAGCUUGUGUUGGUGCCGCAGCACCUGAGCGCAGGAGGUUGGCUCAUCCAGAGAAAUCAGUUGGCAGCGGUGGCGCCGCCCAGCCUCCACGGUACGCUCCCCUCACACUGUAUGAGGAGAAGAUGCUGCUGCGGCGUUUAGACGUCUGCCCACUGGCCUUGGCUGUCACCCCGCAGGCAAAACGCCUCCACAGAAAACUGCUGAUCCGCCAGGCCAAGAGGCAGAGAGGGCUCCCCCUGCUGGACAUAGACCAGGCUGUAAGUGCUACCCUCAGCCUUGUAGGUGGGAUCUAUGGUGCACAGAAGGCAGGGACAACGACAGGAGGCGGAGUCAUGGGCAAGUUCUGCACAAACAGCCAGGAGCUGCGCAUCCUUGACCGGUUCCAGACAAAUAUCUCGUCCAGAAGAGGGCUCCAGCAGCAAUCUGUGUCAUUUUGGCACCGACUGAUGGGAGCAGAAGGAAGUUUGGAGCAAAGCAUCAAGAGUCCAUACACCUCACGCAUCCUAAAGCCCUACAUCAGGAGGGAUUAUGACAAUCAACCAUUGAAGCUGCGGUUACUAAAGGAAAUCAGAGCGUACCCUCACAGGUCGGAUCCAGACUGGUGCCCCGAAACCGAGGCCCCCAUAGAUUACUGCUACGUCCGCCCAAACCACAUUCCCUCCGUCAAUGCUAUGUGUCAUGACAGCUUCUGGCCAGGUGUGGAUCUCUCAGAGUGCCUACAGUACCCAGACUUCAGCGUUGUCGUCCUUUACAAGAAGGUGGUCGUUGGUUUUGGCUUCAUGGUUCCAGACGUGAAGUACAAUGAGGCGUACAUCUCUUUUCUGCUCGUUCACCCUGAGUGGAGAAGAGCUGGCAUCGGAACCUUUAUGAUCUACCAUCUCAUCCAGACGUGCAUGGGUAAAGACGUGACGCUCCACGUGUCGGCCAGUAACCCUGCCAUGCUGCUGUACCAGAAGUUUGGCUUCAAAGCCGAGGAGUACAUCCUGGACUUCUAUGACAAAUACUAUCCUGUCGACAGCCCAGAGUGUCGCCAUGCCUUCUUCCUCCGACUGAGGCGCUGAGAUGCCGCAGCUGCCUGUUCUUCAGUGUCUUACAGCAGGUGGACAGAAUCUGACCAAUCAUUUUCUAGUGACUCGUAAGUGAAACAGCAGCAGGAGCUGGAGAUACGUCACUCUGUGGCCCUAACAGGAAGUGAAUAAUGCCUGACUGUAAUAUUGAUGUUGCCGACUGCCCUGUGGAAGACAUCAUAUGAACAAUAUAAAGAGAUGUUUGUUGCAAA